CAGAGGCUCCAACAACCAAGUGACCCACAACACACUAUGGUGAAAAUAUCUGUUCUCCAACAUGCUCCUUCAGUACACCUACCUGCACGUCCUGGAGAUCCUACGCCUACCACUCGCAAUCUCGAUCCUUUGAUGCACCCAUUUGCUCGCGCUCGCGAGCGAAAUCGUGCUUUGAAUGCUGCAAAGAUGGACAAGCUGUUUGCGAAGCCCUUCGUAGGAGCUCUCGAGGGUCACAUAGACGCUGUCGAGGUGUUGUGCAAAAAGCCUGGGUCGUUGAGUGCUGUUGCCAGCGGUAGUUGGGAUGGGGGUGUGAUGUUGCAUAAUGUUUCCGAGCGCAAACAUAUCCGUCGAAUACAAGGUGCUCAUAAGGGCAAAGUGUCGGGCCUUUGCUUUGCUCAAGACGACCGGCUGCUAAGCUGUGGUGUGGAUAGCAAAAUCAAAAUUUGGGAUGCGAGCCCGCAAGAUGAUAUAACAGAGCAGCGCCCGUUGAACGAAUAUCCUGGGAAAUCACCAUUCAACUCAAUAGACCACCAUCGUUCAGACCCACUUUUUGCUACAGCUUCAAACAUUGUUCAAAUAUGGGAUGAAACAAAGAGCGCUGCAAUAUCCAAUUUAACGUUCCCCACGUCCACCGAGACCAUCACGUCUGUGCGAUUCAAUUUGAGUGAAACAAGUGUACUUGGCAGUAUUGGCUCAGACCGAACUUUCACCCUCUAUGAUAUUCGCACAGGAAAGGCAGAGCGUCGCAUUGUCAUGCAGAUGAGCUCAAAUGCACUUGCGUGGUCACCAACCUUUCCAACGGCUGUCUUGCUGGCAUCUGAGGAUCACAAUCUUUAUACAUUUGAUGUCAGGCAACUAAAAACUCCCACUCACAUUUACAAGGGACACGUUGCAGCAGUUAUGAGCUGCGACUGGAGCCCCACUGGAAUGGAAUUUGUUAGCGGUGGAUGGGACCGAACAACCAGAAUUUGGAAGGAGGGGCAGGGCACGAGACCAGAAGUGUACCAUACUAAACGAAUGCAAAGGGUCUCAUCAUCUAUUUUCACUGCCGACGCGCGCUUUGUGCUGACGGGUUCUGAUGAUGGUAAUGUACGGAUAUGGAAAGCCAAAGCAUCAGAAAAGCUUGGCAUCAUCACAGCCCGGGAACGCGCCGCAAUCGAAUACCGGGAUACCUUAAAAGAUAGAUGGAAGCAUGACAACGAAGUUGGCAGGAUUCAACGCAACCGACACUUGCCAAAGCCGGUCUACCAGGCUGCAAAGCUCAAACGCACUAUGCUCGAUGCUCGUUCCGUCAAGGAGGAGCGCCGGCGGAAACAUACGCGUGCCGGGGAGAGCAAACCAAACGCAGAGCGCAAAAAGGUGGUUAUCACGGAGCAGACUUAAUUGCACGCUCGACGAUAGCCUAUACCUACAUUAUGACCCCCUGUCUGCUGCUGCUGCUGAUUGUUGCAACGAUUUAUGAAUGGGUUGUAACCAAUUUUGCAAGUUGCAACACGUCGUUAGUAUCCUUCGGUAUCCGGGCUGCGGUACACAACGAACAUUAGAUCUUGAGUUUGGGGUGCCGGUGAAGCUAUGAAAAUUUAAAGCUGCCACGUAGGCAGUCAAGGCUAAUAUUGUUAGUGAGAAUAUAGCAGCUAUAGCUAGCGCACCAAGUCUCAGACAGUAAAUUCUGUGCAUACUGUGUAAAUUUUACCACGCGCGAGAGCCUGCUACUGGCAUAUUAUGUAAUGGAAACUCAUAGAAAGUCAC